GGUUUGCUGGCCAAGAGGAAUACCUGGGAAAAUACUUGCUGUCAAUUGCCCUGUCUAUGUGUAUGACUUUAAUCACAGAGGAAUGGUUUAUCGAAAGUGCAAUAUAAAUGGAACAUGGGACUUUGUACAAAACUCCAACAGAUCAUUUUCCAACUAUUCUGAGUGCAUCCGCUUCUUGGAGCCUGAAAUGAGCCAUAGCAAAAGGGAUUUUUUUGAACGGCUUUAUGUCAUGUACACAGUGGGAUACUCUAUUUCAUUUUGUUCCUUAGCCAUUGCUAUUUUCAUCAUCGGUUAUUUCAGGAGAUUGCACUGCACCAGGAACUACAUCCACAUGCAUUUAUUUGUCUCAUUUAUGCUGAGAGCUGCUAGCAUUUUUAUUAAGGACAAAGUGGUUCACACUCAUAUAGGAGUUAAGGAGUUGGAUGCUAUGCUCAUGGGUGACAUUAGGAGCAUAAUGAUGACACCAGUGCUGGAUAAAUCACAAUAUGUUGGAUGUAAAAUUGCCGUUGUAAUGUUCAUUUAUUUUUUGGCAACUAAUUACUAUUGGAUUCUGGUUGAAGGACUCUACCUGCACAGCUUGAUUUUUGUAGCAUUCUUUUCAGACACAAAAUACUUAUGGGGCUUUACGCUUAUAGGCUGGGGUUUCCCAGCUGUAUUUGUAAUAGUAUGGUCAGUGGUCCGUGCUACGUUAGCAGAUGCAAGAUGCUGGGAAUUAAGUGCUGGAGAAAUCAAAUGGAUUUACCAAGCGCCCAUAUUAACAGCUAUUGGGGUUCAAACAGAAAUUAAGAAAACAUGGACCAGAUGGAAUCUUGCUUUUGACUGGAAAAGCACAACACACUGUGGUAACUUCAGGUAUGGAUCUGUCCUGACAAAUAUGACCCACAGCACUAGCAGCCAGUCACAAAUGGUAACCAACUCUCGUAUGGUAUUGAUCUCCAGCAAAGUCAGUCGAAGUGUCAGCAAACAAGUUGAUGGACAUAUGAAUUUGCCUGGGUAUGUUAGAAGUAAUUCUGAUCAGGAAUGUUUGCCUCAGUGGAUCCAAGAAGAGGCCAACGAGGAUGACGAAAAACAAGUUGAUGAUAUAUCCUUAAAGGAAACAUUAAGGCCAUUACAAAUGAACACCGAGGCUGAGAUUAACAGAAAUCAUUUGGAAGAAACACUGUAAUCAAUGGUUUCAAAAUAUGGCCCCAAGAAUA